AUGGUUCUCCAGCCCAUUGAAGUUUGGGGGCAUUGGGGUGCACCGAAUCCAUGGAAAGUAUGUCUCAUUCUUGAGGAACUUAAGCUGCCGUAUAUAAUUCACCAGCUAGAAUUUUCCCAAGUGAAAGAAGAGCAUUACGUCAAACUGAAUCCCAAUGGGCGCUUGCCUACAAUCAAAGAUCCAAACACUGGCAUCACGCUAUGGGAAUCAGGUGCAAUUAUCUUGUAUCUGGUAGAACAGUACGACGAUGACAGUAAAAUAUCGUUCGAAACCGCACCCGAAAAGCAUUUAGCACAGCAAUGGUUGGCAUUUCAGAUAUCUGGUCAAGGUCCCUAUUUUGGCCAAGCUACUUGGUUUGCUCGUUUCCACGCAGAGAAACUUCAAUCAGCUAUUGACCGCUACGUCGACGAGAUACUUCGAGUUACAGGGGUCUUGGACCGUGCCCUAGAGACAAAUGGUACGGGAUGGCUUGUCGGAAACAGUCUUACGUAUGCCGACCUUUCAUUUAUUACGUGGGCUUCGGUAGGCAAAGGAUUACUCAAGGAGCUCAGCCGAGAUUCGGAAUUAGAUAAGUAUCCAAACUAUACGUCAUGGAUUAAAGCGAUGGAAAAGAGAGGUGCAGUUAAAAAGAUCCAGGACAGUAUGGCGAAAGGCAGAGCAGCCAAUGGCCUCUAA